CCAUCCUAUCCAUUUCCGAAGGCUUAAGCCUGAGCUUAUUGCCUGCAUCUCAAUCUGCAGGGCACAUCGAUCCCGGAGAGAGGACGGCGAAGAAAACACCCACCAUGAAGAUAAUGGUAGCAAUAAAGAGAGUCGUUGACUACGCCGUGAAGAUCAGAGUCAAAUCAGACAAGAGUGGAGUUGAGACCCAAAAUGUGAAGAUGUCGAUGAACCCAUUUUGCGAGAUAGCUUUAGAGGAGGCGCUUCGAAUCAAGCAGUCUGGAUUGGCAUCCGAGGUUGUAGCUGUAAGUAUGGGCCCAACCCAGUGCGUUGAUACGCUGCGGACAGGUCUUGCUAUGGGGGCUGAUAGAGGGAUUCAUGUGGAGUCCACAGCUGCUUUGUUUCCUCUUACCGUGGCUAAGCUUUUGAAGGCUCUAGUGGAGGUCGAGAAGCCUGGACUCAUUAUUUUGGGCAAACAGGCUAUUGAUGAUGAUUGCAACCAAACGGGUCAAAUGGUGGCAGGGUUGCUAGGUUGGCCUCAGGGAACAUUUGCUUCAAAGGUCUUGCUCGACACGGAGAAACAGGUAGCUACUGUAGAAAGAGAAGUGGAUGGUGGUCUUGAGACUUUAUGCUUAGACCUACCUGCAGUGAUUACCACUGAUUUGAGACUGAACCAACCAAGGUACGCGACACUGCCCAACAUCAUGAAAGCAAAAUCAAAGGUCAUCAAGAAGUACACUCCACAAGAAUUGAACGUGGAGGUUAAAUCUGAUAUAGAGGUUGUUGAAGUCACGGAACCUCCAAAGAGAAAAGCAGGGGUUAUUAUUUCUUCUGUAGAUGAGUUGAUUGAUAAGCUUCGAAACGAGGCUCAUGUCAUUUAACAUUGUACACAAAAACUAUAAAUUUCUCCCACUUCAAUAAAUUCGAGCUUGGUGGGGCAA